GUUGAAGGCGGUGCUCCAAGUUCCUUGACGUUACCAUGACACUUGUACACAACCUAAUUAGACAGCAAGUAUCAUGCCUAUGAGCAACCGGGUUGUACACAGUUCAGACAGAUGAAAACGUAUACUGCAGGUUGAAAUGAGGGGUUACCUCAAAACUUUAAACUGGAUAUUUAAACUCCAGCCUAAAAGCACCACUAUAGGAAGACACAAAGACUCUGACCUCUGUCUACAGAAUAGUGGGGUGGAUGAACGUCAUGCCACUAUUGACUGGUGUGAAGCAGACGGCUGCUAUGUUAUCCAUGACUUAAACUCUGCCCACGGGACCUACGUCAAUGACUGCCGGAUACACAAUGCCACUGUGCUUCUCUCUUCAGGAGACCUGCUUCACUUUGGCUAUGGAGGAUCAACCUAUGAGCUCUGCAUUGACAGCAAGAAAUCAUUUCCUCUUCUGGCUGCCCAGUCUCCCAUUCCCCAGGCCUGGGUACGAUCUCGGACCCCUUCUGUUUCACCCCACCCUCCCACCAGACCUCGCCCCAUGAGUGCCGGGUCUAAACGGGGGCCAAAUGCACCUGAUCGCAAAACCCAAUCUAGCAGACCUGGAAGCUGGAGUGGUAACACAGGGAGAGCAUGUUAUCUUAGAAACAAGUCUCAACCUAACAAUUCUCAAAGCAUUCACGUCUUGCCAAUGGAGGAGGAGGAGAGGUUGCAUCAGCUAGGAGAUGGACACGUUCGUGUGUCUCUGUGCUUUGAGGACGAGUCCCAAAGGAAGGAUGAUGCGAUCAUGGCCCUGAAGGAGGAAGUGUCAGCUCUCAGGCUCCAGCUGUCACAGAAGAAGCAGGGUGAUCUGGAUGUCACACACAGACUUCGCUGCCUGGAGAGUGACAUCAAAGAGAAGAAAGAUCAGAUACAACAGCUAAAGGAGCAGAUGCUGGGACUUCAGAGAUGUUCUGGAGAGAUGCUCGGACAGGCUGUGACAGAGAGAGAUCAGAAGAUCAGCAAUCUUUUAGAACAGAUGGAUAAAUUGAGGAAUGAAAAUAAUUCAUCUGCAGCGUUGGUUGGCAGUUUAAAGAAAGAUGUGUCUGCUCGAGAGAAACAAGCUCUUAAACUAGCAGCUGAGGUGGACAAGCUCAGGCAAGACGUCAGACACAAAGAUGCCAAGCUCACAAGCAUGAUGGACAAGCUGAAAGACACCCAGAAGCAUCAGAAUGAGCUACUUGCCAGACAGAAUGAAGUAGAAUCGCUCAAGAAAGAACAGGCUUCUCUGCUGACAGACAUAGACAGACUGAAGCAGCUUCAUCAGCAGACGCAGCAGAGAGAACAGAGAGUUCAAGAAGAACUCAAACACACCCAGUCAAGGUUUGACCAUUUUCGUGACCAGAUUGUCAAGACUGUGCAUGUUUCUGACAAAGAAUCAGACCAAAAGGUGUUGGACUGUUUAACUGAGUUAAUGGAACAGAUGGCGAUGUACAAAACAAAAGUGCAUGACUUUGAAAUGAAACUCAAAGAGGAAGCUCACACACAGAGGGAAAUGUUGGAUGAGACCCAGAAAUUUAGAGCCAGACUGCAAGAAUGUCAGAGACGAGUACAAGAUGCAUGUGUUGCGGACAAUGUUCUGAGGGAAAUAUCUGGGCUGCAGAACAUGAAUUUGGGUCCUACGUUCAGCUGGAUUCAGGAGCAUUCACUUUCUAUACUGAACGUCCUGUACAGAGUACUGCAGAAUGCUGCUCAGAGAUUACAGAUAGCAGGGGUUGAUGUGUCAUUGAAGACUGGAGGAAUAUCAGGCGCCUUACAGAUUUUGUGCCAGGACCACAUGGACGUCCAAUCCGAGCUAAGGAAACUAAAGUCAGAGAGGGACAAGGUUCAGGAGACAGAGAUUCAGAGGAGAGAUCUUCACAGCAGGCUGGAGUUCAUGCAAAAGCAGUUUGAGAUGGAGAAACUUCAGGCAGCAGAGGGACAGAGAGAGAUGAAAAAUGCACUAAUGCGACAGCUGGAAGUGGUCAUGGCUGAUCUACAGUCAGUGAGACAGACUGAGAGUGCCCUGCGCAGGGAGAUCGAGACACGCAAGGCCGAGUGGCAAACCAAGAUGGAAGAAGCCAAGAUACGAGAGGCAGAGCUGAAAGAAACACUGCGUGAAUUACAUCUCAAAGAGGAGGAGAGGAGCGAGAAGAUGAAGCAGUUUGAGGAAAGAGAGGCCAAGGCCCUGCAGAGAGGAGCUGAAGAGGAGAGAAAGAAACACAGGGUUGAGGUAGAGGAGUACAGAGAGCAGGUGUGA